AGGAAGUUUAUAUUAGAUGAGUAUCUACUUUUGAUGUAGCACUACUAGUUUUGCUGAUAUCAGCAUAUCAGGGAAGUCCAACAAGCCGUAGUGAUGAUGCUGUAAUAACGUGCGAUAACGAGAAGUCCAUGGCUACUGACUAGCGCCCCCGAACAAAAGCUUGAUGGAUCAAAAAGCUUUUCUUGAGACAUGUCGCAGGAGGAGCCUCGGCGACGGCGGAGUUUAGACGUAACUGGUGGCUAUGUUCAGUUGUUGGGUCGUCAUAGCAAAAAUGCUGGGAACAGUAAACCUCAUAGCAAAAGUAGCGGAAGCCAACAGUCUGAAGAGGAGCCGAGAGGAGCUAGAAUUCGCUUUCCGGGGGAAGCCGCAAGAGGACUUCUGGGGGAGGCGAACAUGCAGCUUUCACCUCCCGCUGCGCGAAUUGCUCGGGAGGAACCUCCCAUCGAUGUACCACCUCCGAUGACGGGAACUGCAAUGAUGAAGGCUGCACCGGCAUCGUCGGGUUUGAUAUCGUCGAAUUCUAACACAGGGUUGAUAUCUGAAGAAACAGGACAGCUGCAAAUUGAGGUCGCGUCGCUCGGGUCUCGACACGAACGGUCCACCCAGUUGAGCCAAAAGGCACGAGGACCAAAGGAGCAGGAACAAAUAGUAAUAAGUGGAAACAGCACGACGUCUUCUAGAAGUGCUCCUGUUGGCACGGCGCACCAGCCAGAAGAUGAACCUUCCCAGGACCCUCGUCCAUCUGCUCCACUUCCACCGCCAAAGCCAUUGUCUGAGGCGCUGCAAAUGAAAAAUACUACUUCAUCCAAGAAGUUAUUGGCACUUAUUCCGUAUGCGAACAGCGCAGUGGUGCCUGGCAGCAACACCAGCUGCGUGACUACGUCCUCGCUAGGCUUUCAUCCCGGUCGGGCGAAAGCGACUCAAAUUUCCUGUGUUGUCCUCUCGGAUGAGCACAAACAGCUUCUGGAGGCCGGUCAAGUAGGCAAAAAAGCAGGUAAGGGUCACACUAGUAAAGGCACGGCUAAGGGAACAAAAUCGUCGUCGUUAGGUUCGUCCUCUGGGCCUGCGCCUCCUGGACGUGCAAAAACUGAGAGUGGGGCUUCGAGAUCUUCCGCGAUAGUGGUUCCAACAGUUAGUACUGCUGGUGGCGCCGCAAUCGUGGCGCCUAGUGCGCAAUACCGGGCAACUGCGAGCGCAGUUGCGGAGCUGCUCCCACCAGGGAACACGCGAGACGAGGUGGUGGCAUGCGUGCGGCACUGGGUUGUGAACUACCGCUCAUUGUUAUGACAGGAGAAAGAGUACUUAAUACUCAAAUUCAGAAAACUAGCUACUUUCCCACUUAUAAAUCCUAGCUACUUUUUUAUUGAGUAUGGGUACCCUUUUUUCCUGUCAUAAUUGUCCGGGAUAGAGGUGAGUGUUACUGAUCCGAGGUUCGAGGUGCCAGCCUUUGUCGCCAGCGGGCACAGAAGCCGCGACAUGUAUCGCACUAAGCAAGGCAUGGCAGACCCGAAAAUCGGCCAUCGCGAGAACAAUAUUCCGUUGCGCACAAUUCUCUCCAUGCUGGUACGUUUUCCGAAAAAGCGGGAUGACCUCCUCGGUCGGCUUUCGUUCACCAGACUUCGCACUCUUGAGCAAUUUUUGAGGAGCGAAUUGAAAGCCGAAAAAAUCCAUGAAGAAAUAUACAGCGACAUUUUCCAGAAGCAUCGCAGUACGUUGCAGCGAAACGCUGACGCACAAGAGCCACAAACUACUACGUCAAGCACACGACUGCAAAAGAAUGCUGCUUGUAUCACCGGAGAUGACCCUGCGGCGCGGCUCGACGAAUUCAAGGCUGAUGUCGAGAAAGCGAGAAAGAAAAGGGUACUACUUAGCUUUACGUAUCUAUUAGUUUUACAACUACUCAAGAAGAUGCGGAAUUCCUAUAGCGUUGGCGUUCUAGUACACCACUUUGGUAUUCGUUUUCAGAAACCCGAGAGCAGUGGAUAGCGGAGAAAAGAAGUCAAAUUGAACUUCUUGAAGUAUUCUUAGACGCCUAGUAGAAGUUUGUCAUCACUUCCCACUAUCUAUGAGGUCCAUCCUCUGCUGCAGCAAGGUGUCGAGCGGGUCGCUCUCGAGAGUCUCGUCCAGCCGCCAGGAGGCUCAACCAUUGGGGCUGCGGCUAAGAAUAUUGAUUUGGAUGCAAAAAUCCGAGGCAACCAGCAUGUUGCCUUUUCGGAUCUGAACUUCGCUGCUGCGGCAGAACCUCGAGUGAAAGAACUGAAUACAAAGGCUACUGCCGUUCGGUCACACUGGGCUGCACAGCAAAACCUCAAUGCUAGCACUAGCAGUUCGUCUUCGCGUCCUCGUCUUCGCUCAGGAGUGGAUGUUGACGAGGCCGUUGACGGUCAAGAAGUAGAGAACGGUUUGUCGCCAGCUUUUUCUGAGUUUGCCGGGAGAGGAGGAGAGACAGAGACGCCUUUUGAUUUUUACAAUCCGGAGUUACAGACAACAGGUCGCAAAAGAAUACGCAUCAUCCCGAAAAGCACGAAGAGGAAACGAAGAAGAAUUAUGUUGGUGGAAUAGAGUUUUCUUUUCUCAUUUCGAUUUCGAAUAAAUGCGUCCGGUGAUGGCGGUUAUUAUGUAUUAUUAGUUUAGUAGACCUCAUUAUACAUUGUUUUUGUAUAUUUAUACGAGGACCUAACAAAGUAUUAACACUGUCCCUUCUAAACAACAGGAGAGGGCUGCUGCCGCAUCGAGCGCGUCAGCAGGAGUUGCUGUUGGCAGUGGAGAGCAGGAGGAUGUUGAUAUGGAUGCACUUUUCACAGCUGGAAGUUCUAUGGAGAGCAUCUUCUUUAUGUCCAAGGAGAAGGACCUUGAGGGAGAACAAGUAGAACGAGAGGUGAAACCAAUGACAAAAGUAGCCGUGGAUGGCAAGAAAAACCCGACUUGGAGUCCAAAAAACCUGAAAAAAGGCCAAAAGAAGCUUGUAGGGGGUGACGAAGAUGAUGAUAACAGCAGCAGCAGUCCUGGUCCAGCAGAGCAAGUAGAAGAAACCAGAAGUUCUUCUUUUCAGUAUGCUGAAGUAAAUGUGAGGUAUGAGGUACGUCCAGACGACCGGCUUGGACGCGCUUUGGGAGCUACGCGUCUUGUGCGGAUCAUCGAGCCAGCCUCGACUUCAGCAGUCUUGACAGGAAAAGGGCAGGCUGCAGCUUCAGGUUCGACACUCCAGCAGGCUCCAGCGGAUUCUUUGGGCGGGACGAAGGCUCAGCUUGCGCCAGUUGGUGCAGUGAACGCAUCGUCUGCACUCAACGCGGAGAACGCCACGUCGUUGUCGUCUUCGAGCGAGGUUCCUAGAGCGUCGGCUGCCGCUGCGUCGGCUGCUGCGUCCCUUACAAUAUCGUCUGCAGUGCCUGCUGCAUCAUCGUCUUCGGCGGCUGGCGCUUCUUCAUCGAGGUCUGCCGCGGCUGCUACAUCGCCGCUUUCUAUCGUGCCUCCCGAUGCUGCAUCAUCGUUACACCCAGGAGCCGCAGCUUCUGCUGCCGCCAGACCUUCGCAGGAUCAAGAGAGGAGUCUACCCGGUGUGAAGAAGGAGGCAAAACGUCGCGUCCACUGGGCUACGCCUCUUGAUACGGAGCACGCCGUUCCAGCCGAAUCGGCAGAUAGGGGUCCCCUCUUUCCCACUGAAAUCCUAGGCACAGCAGGCGCUUUCGACGAAGAUGAAUUCAAUCUUAUGAAGAACUUGUUACAAACGAAGAGGAAGACAAGGACAACUGAACUAAAUACAAAAACAAGAGGAAGAGGAUAACUUCUGAACUUCUGAAAUGAGCGUUUUUUUUUUGAUUACUAAGAAAGUGUCUAGUAAGCUUCAGGUUAACGAGGUUAUUUGAUAAAUCUGCACGAUCUCGUCCAUUUCGCAUAUUCGACCAUCUUCAUUAUCCGCUAGACUUUCUAAGAAUUAUGCUGAUGUCGCCCAAACCGACGCACUGGAGGAUGUGUUGAACGAAGAUCGACUCUCAGAGGUCGGUGACGAAUCUGAUGACCUCGCUGACCUCUUUCGAGCUGGAUGAUGUUGCCUCGGGGAUCUCUUUCGUGCUGGAUUCCAGUUGUUGUAAUGGAGGCUUUGUUGCGAGCUUCCUUGCGAAAAGCAUGUUGAUCAUGAUGUCUCCCACAAUUUUUAAUGAACAAAAUCUUGAUGACCAAUAUCUCUUCUACUGGAAAAAACUAAAGAAAUUUCAUUCAAGACAGUGGCUAGCUGUCAAGCUG